AUGACCGUUUGCAAUGCGUCCCUGGGUCACCCACCUUUCUUCAUUCUCCAAGGCAUUCCUGGGAUGGAGGACAAGCACAGAUGGAUCUCUGUCCCCUUCUCUUCCAUGUACUUCAUCACCAUCCUUGGGAACUGCACCAUCAUCUUCACCAUCUGCACCGAGCGCUCCCUGCACAAACCCAUGUUCCUUCUCCUCUGCAUGUUGGCCCUCACAGACCUGGGCAUGUCCACUACUACCAUUCCUAAGGUGCUGUGCAUCUUCUGGUUUGGCCAGAGUGAGAUCAGCUAUGUGGGCUGCCUGGUCCAAAUGUUCUUCAUCCACUCCAUAUCAGCGUUGCAGUCAGCCAUCCUGAUGACCAUGGCCUUUGACCGCUAUGUAGCCAUCUGUGAACCUCUGCGUUAUGCCACCAUCCUUUCCAAUAGUCGCAUUGGGCUCAUUGGCCUGGUGAGUUUAGUGAGAGCCAUCCUUUUCAUUCUGCCCAUGCCUGUCCUCCUCCAGAAGAUGCCCUUUCGUGUAAAUCACGUCAUCCCCACCACCUACUGUGAGCACAUGGCUGUGGUGAAGAUGGUGUGUGUGGACACCACAGUCAACAGGAUAUAUGGUCUGGUGGUGGCCUUGUUGGUUGCUGGGCUGGACAUCUCAGCUAUUGCUUCAUCAUAUGUGCUUAUCAUCCGGGCUGUACUGCGACUGUCUUCUAAGGAAGCCCAUCACAAAGCAGUCAACACCUGCACCACACACAUUUGUGUCAUGCUUAUCUCAUACACUCCCUCGCUGUUCUCUUUUCUCACUCACCGCUUUGGUAGGGGAAUUGCACCCCAUGUGCACACCAUUCUUGGGAACCUCUACUUCCUUGUUCCUCCAAUGCUCAAUCCUAUUAUUUAUGCAGUGAAAACCAAAGAGUUUCGGGACAAACUGACCAAAUACGGGUGCUGGAAGAAGGACCCUGUAACCAUAACCCAUGGUCAGAAGCCUGUCUGA